CUGGCCGAUCUUUGAACAUUAAGGAAGUUGUCUUUUUUGCUGUCUGUCUUAUGUUGAUUAUAAUUGCAAUCUCAUAGACUCGGGAUCAAAGACCAAAAGAAAAUCCACCCCUUGAGCUGCAUUUUCACCAAAAUAAGUAACUUUUUUUAAAUGUAAAAUUUAACCUUUCCACCAAAUUUCAUUGAAAUAUUUUCCUGUCCUUUUGAUAUCUUCUGUUGAUGAACAGAAUAAUGGCUAUGAGAUGAAUGAACCCAAUAUGAUUUAUCUGACUGAGUUGUGGUCCUGUCUCAAGCAACUUGAUUUCAGUGUUGGCACCAGACACAUGUCAGUUUUGCAAACACUACCCAGCUAGAUAGAGGUAUAUCACAUGUAGAAGAGGUCGAUGUGUCAGCUGAUGACCUUAUUUUUGGUAGGUUCAGACUUCAGUGUGAUUACCGGAGCAACGAUUCUGCAAUGCAAGCACAAAUAAAACCAUUUACUUUAUGGUGGUAUGCAAAUGUAAUGGUCCACGUCAUGACUGUGAAUAUUGUAAAUAUCUCUUAUUGCAACAGGGUGACUUGAAAUUCUAUGUAAGCAAUGUAAAUUCCUUAAGAGUAUAUUUGCACAAAAUAAUAGUCCUUAACAUUGUCAGGUAGGACACAAUUCUACAUAAUUUGGAGCAAGCUACAACUGUUUUAUCCAUUACUCUUGAUUUUUUUUUUUUUUUGAGCACGCUUAAAUAAUAUUAACUUAAUGGAAAUUAUAAUGUGAAGUUUUCAGAUUUCAAAGUGCUUUUUGUAAUGUUACCUUUCUGCCAGUUGUAGUGUGAUUGUACUGUGCUUUGAUUUUUGUGGUUAUUUGUUUACUUCUUUUCCUCAUGUUCAAAGCAAUGGAGCAUUUUUUCAUGUACAACAAUUAUAAGCGCGAAUUAAACAGAAUAUUGCUACUAAAAUUGGAGUAAAUGAAUUUUGUGUGGACUUCAUUUCCCAGGAUGCAUUGCUACGCCGGUCACGUGAACGUGCGUCUGUCAACAUGAGUGGGUGCCGCUGUGCAGGCAAGAAUCGGCAGCUUUGCGUUUGUUUACCGCUUCGGGACCACUGACUUGCGCUUUAAGCGUUACUUUCACGGCGAAAGGUGCAUAUGAGCAGUUUGUGAGACGGUUAGAAAAUAAAAAGGAAAAACUGUCAGACUUCUUAUUUUUCCCCGGCGGUCACCGGUCAAGCUCGUUAGCAUAGGAACAAACCGGAGUAGCUUGUUAAGCUAACAACAGCGUCCAUCCGCUGAGCUUCACAGACUCGGUAACAUUUUUGUUUAACCGACCUUUAUCACUUAUUUUAUCACAACUUUGUACACUGGGAUUGUAUCUGUAGAAAGAGUCUUGUGUACAGGCUAAAAAUGUACUUGAUAGCCCUAGUACGUGUACGUGAAUGAGAUUGUAAGUGGGGACAGGGUAGGGGUUUGCACUGACGACUAUCUCCGUGUAUGGAGAAUGAAUACACCGAGAUGUCUCCAUCUUUCACUGAACAUUGUGCUGCUCACCAUAGUCAUUACUAGCUGACCGGUAGCUGCCACAGAAGACACACACCGUCAGAUUGUGCGUGCGGGAAGCUUUGUGUGCCAUGUCUGUAAACGGGGUGCUUUCUCAGCCUGGAGACGUGGCUCCUCCAGGUCUAGCAGGAGCAGGGCCUCCUGCUGUGCCCUUCACCAACACGUCGCUGUCCUCCGGCCCGACGCCCGCACAGGAUAACCGGGGUUGUGAGAACGGCGCGUUAAUGGACUCGUUUGGGAUCUUUCUGCAGGGAUUACUAGCUGUGAUGGCUUUCAGCACGCUGAUGUUGAAACGUUUCAGGGAGCCCAAACAUGAGAGGAGACCCUGGAAGAUCUGGUUUUUGGACACUUCAAAACAGGCCAUCGGGAUGCUGUUCAUCCACUUUGCUAAUGUCUACCUGUCUGACCUGACAGAGGAGGACCCCUGCUCUCUGUAUCUCAUCAACUUUUUGUUAGAUGCUUCUUUGGGCAUGUUGCUGAUCUAUGUCGGGGUGAGAGUUGUCACUGCUAUUGUAGAGUGGAGGCAAUGGGAUUCCCUACGUUUUGGAGAAUAUGGAGACCCAGUGCAAUGUACUGCAUGGGUGGGCCAGUGUGUCCUCUAUAUCCUCAUCAUGACCUUUGAGAAAAUAAUGAUCAGCCUCGUCCUUCUCAUUCCACAGUGGAAGCAGCUGGCUCUCCUCAAACCCAUACAGAAUCCUGACUUGGAAUUGGCCAUCGUCAUGCUCAUCGUUCCAUUCUUCAUCAAUGCCCUUAUGUUCUGGGUAGUUGAUAAUUUUUUAAUGAAAAAGCACAAAACAAAAGCAAAGCUGGAGGAAAGAGAGGAAGACUCAAGGGGGAACAGCAAAGUUCGCUACAGACGAGCCUUAUCCCAUGACGAUUCUGAGUCUGAGAUACUUUUCUCAGCAGAUGACGAAAUGGAUGAAUCUGACGAGGAUGAUAUUCGACAGCUUACUGGUCUGAAGACUGUGAAGAAGAAGAAGCUUCGCAUGGGGAUUCCUGUUUGAUCCGUGUGCCUCAUUCGAUUGCGAUAAAUCUAAAUUCCACUGGUAGCUACUCAUCUCAGAAGCCCACAUACGUUCCUCCACAGACUGACUUCAGCCUCAGGAGUUUGCAUGACUUCUUUCCGAUGGGGAAAAUCAAAUAUAUGAGGUGGCAAAGAUGGGACGAAGUCACCAUCAAGUCAUUCUCAAGUCAUCAGUCUGCAACUCCCAAGUCAAGUCUCAAGUCAGCUUACAAACAGUUGGUGGUCAUUAUGACUUGAGACUUGAUAUGGAACUUGCUGAUUCAUGACUUGAGAGUGACUUGAUGGUGACUUUGUCCCAUCUCUGUGAGGUAGUGGGGGUAAGGAUGUGAAUGACGAACUCUUAGGAAUUCCCUUUACUGUUGACUCUUGUACAAACUCUGGAAUCAACUUUAUACACUGCUCAGCAUUUUUGCCAGGUCUCCACGCACUUGUUGGAUCUCUGUUGCGAGUGAAGGCUCUCCUGUGGUGAAUGUUUGGAAGAUGAAAUUGCACGCUGAAUGAACUGUGAAAUCCAUUAGGUAAGUAGGAUAUGAACAAAGUAGCACUGGUUUAAUACUGACAGGACAUUUGUGGAACAGUAUGCUUUUUUGUUUUUUUGGGGUGGUUGGGAAG